GGAGGGGUCGACGAUGGCGGAGCGGCUGCCGCCGGGCCCCCCAGUGUUUUUUUGCCAGGACUCCCCGAAGCGCGUCCUGGUUUCCGUUAUCAAGACCACCCCUAUCAAGCACUCAUCGCGGCAGGGCGGCGAGGAGCCGGCGCCCGCCCCGCCCGUCCCCACCAGCCCCGGCUUUAGCGACUUCAUGGUCUACCCCUGGCGCUGGGGCGAGAACGCCCACAACGUGACCCUCAGCCCCGGCAGCACCGCCGCCCCCUCCGCUCUCCCGCCGCCCCGCGGGGGAGCAGGUAGAGCCCCCGCCGAGGAUGACGAGAAGGUGGCCGGCACGGGCGGCGGCGGCCGGCACCUGAAGGAUGGGAUAAGGCGCGGCCGUCCGAGAGCAGACACCGUCCGCGACCUAAUCAACGAAGGGGAGCAGUCUUCCAGCAGGAUUCGUUGCAAUAUCUGCAACAGGGUCUUUCCGCGAGAGAAGUCGCUGCAGGCCCACAAACGAACUCAUACCGGUGAAAGGCCUUAUUCGUGUGACUACCCAGAUUGCGGGAAAGCAUUUGUUCAGAGUGGGCAGCUCAAAACUCACCAGCGUCUCCACACAGGGGAGAAACCUUUUGUCUGCUCAGAGAAUGGCUGUCUGAGCAGGUUCACACAUGCAAACCGUCAUUGCCCCAAACAUCCAUAUGCACGACUGAAGAGGGAAGAGCUCACAGACAGGCUGAGUAAGAAGCAGACAGCUGACAAUAAAGCUGUGGCUGAGUGGCUAGCAAAAUACUGGGAGACAAGAGAACAGCGUGCUCCUGCUCUGAAAAAUAAAACAAUCCAGAAAACGGAUCAGGAACAGCAGGACCCUAUGGAAUAUCUUCAGUCUGAUGAAGAUGGUGAAGAUGAUGAAGAGAAAAACAGUGCUCAUUCAGCUGCUCGCCACCGCCGCCUCCAGGAACAGCGUGAACGCAUGCACGGCGCACUGGCGCUUAUUGAGCUUGCAAACCUAGCUGUGGCACCCCUACGACAGUAGAAAGAAACAGAGUCUGCCUAUACAAAAUGUACUCCUGGUGGUACUUAACCAGUUAGAUCUUAAGCAUAAGCUAAGCACCUUAUUUGCUUAUCAUAGGCUGCUAUUCUGUAGAAUUUAUGAAGAAUGUUGUUGCCCCGUAACAUGGGGUGAGAGAAUUGCACUUUUUGUAAGGAAAAAGACAGAUGUAAAGUUUUUAAGUAUUUUGUAAAUAUGGGACUGCAUAAUGCAGGGUUGACAAAUUUACGUGUUGUGGGAAGCUAGAUUUUGCAAGGUUAACUCAUUUAUUUGAAGCAGUUUUCACAGGAAGCACCUUCUGAACGAAGUGGGGUUUUAAUUAGCAGAAUGGUACAUGUGGCCAAAGAAGGCUGACAAAAAGUAUUUAUCUGACUAUUUAAGCAAAUUUAUAUAAAGUGAUAGGUCUGGAAAUAACUGUUAAACAGGAAUGAAAUAAUGUUUUCCUACUGUCAGUAUAUCUUUACCUAGUAUCACUAAAGUGGAAGGCAAAGCUUAGUUAACUUUUAGAGGGGAAGAAACUGCUUCAUGCAGAGAACUGUAAGAUCGUUCGGGAUCUUCACUGUGACUGCUCAAGGUAUGAGGCUUGACUUUGCUUUUAUGUUUUCUGAUGUGAUUUCAGCAGAAUCUCUUGGUAGCACUUGUUCUUCCUAACAUGUGAUGUUGGGAACUUUUGCACAUUGUUGGGUUUAUCUGAAAAUGAUUAGUCUUGCAAAGUCUAGACAGAGGUAAACAAUUGGUGAUAUUUUUUUCAGGUAUUUUUGGACCCUGUAGUGAUUUGGCACUUGAUUUUGUUAAAGGGGGUAUUUACAUGGUGGUAUGACUUUGUAGUAAACUAUUUUAGAUCUCCUAUUAGCAAACACUAAGUUUUAAAGUAUUGCUUUUAAUAUGAUUAUUAGCAAAUAGAAGCCUCUGUACUUUCUGUGCAUAAAGCCACCUUACUGCUUUACUUCAGGAUAACAUGCCAAUUUUGUGUUCACUAACUGUAGGACAGCUAUCAAACACUGCAGAAAAGUAUUCACUAUACAACUAGAAAAUAGGCUUCCAAAGAUUAGUUACAAGUGUGUCGACAGUGUGAUUUCAUGUAUUUUCCAAAUAAAUGAAGUUACAGAACACUGCCUAGUACUCAGAUGCUGAUAUAAAAUGUUUAGCAGGAUAUCUGGUCCUUUUGUGAAUGUUGUGUACUUUCAGAUAGCAUAGUCUCAUGGUGAUCUUUUUUCACAUUUUGCUUUGAAGGCCAGCAGAGAUUCUCAAUAUGCUAACAAAACUGUUUUCAGUUGGACUUUUUGUCGUGCGAUUUUGUGUUUUGUUUUGUUUUUUCAUUAAGCUACUGCUUGAAGGGGAUAUUAAUAAUUUGUAUUUACUGACCUGCUUGCUUUAACUCCUUCCUCUUGUUCAAGGUCAGGAGAUUCAGAUGAGAAGGGACGCACUUGCCCUCUCGCAUAAACAAGAGGAAGAAAUAAUUUUAUCCAUCACUUGAUAUAGACUGACCAGAAGCUUACAGCUGUUCCAGAAAGUAGCCCGAUUUUACACUGAAACCUGCAACUGUUGGGUUUUGUUCUCUGGUAACUGAUAACCCUUUGUGGUUGAAAAAUCUUAUUAACCCAGUUUAAGUCAUGUAUUGAUAAAGUUACCUAAAGGGUAAUUGAAUAAUUGAAGGAAAAAAAAAAAUCACUUUCAUUGGAUCUAAAUAAUUUUGCAUCAGUGAUACGGUUUAAACUUUUGCUCUCAGCUCCUAAACUUAGCAGACAUCUGCCUCAUUUGUUUCUGUUUUAAGCCUUUUAGGCUUCAAAAUCUGAAAACACUGUUGUGCUAGGCUUCUCAGCCUAUGUAAAACUCAUUUCAUGUGUGUAACAGUUUGGAGUUUCUCAAGUAAGUUACAUGCUUUGACUGUUCUGUUGGCUGCAUGCAAAUAGUUUGAUCACAAGAUGAGCCCUGAAAACCUCUUGUAACUAAUCACUCCUGAUAAGUAGUUCACAGGGCAUGGAACUGUGUAAUUGUCAGCCAGUUGCAGACUCGAGUCAUAACUUUAUUAAGUUUUUCUAUUAUUAUUAUUUUUACCAUCCAGCUGUAAUGCUUCGGGCAACUUGUAGAAUAUUUCAAGUAUGACAGGUACCCUGAAUUGUACUUGGAAGCAGUUUUGUGUCAUGACAAGUUCUGAGUGAAAGUAAAAAAAUGUAAGAGUUGUGGAAGACUGCUUCCGUUUUGAAAGAUGAUGUAACAAAAAAGCAGACAUGCUGCCGUUUUAAUAAACGCUUUGAAUAAAAACCUGGUUUAACUUUCAA